CUUCCUGAAAGAAACACAACUUUAACUUAUUAUUAGAGUAGGAAUGAAUGUAUGACAUUACACUAAAAAAAUGAAGAGACUUAACAGCGUCUAUGUGUUUUAUAUUGGAUUUAUAGCUUAUAUAAAUGCCGGUACUAUUGAGAGAAUAUACAUACAUGGCAACAAACCAGCAUUAAAAGGAAGUAACAUACAGCUUGUAUGUGAGAUAUCACAGUUUAGUAGUAGUGAUAUUCUACAAGUCUACAAAAGUAGCUCUAAACUUCCAUCAUCACUUUCUGACGUCACGUCAAUGGCUCGGUGUUUGCAAUCUCUAUGUCUGACAGGAGGUAUUGGUAGAUAUACAUUCAGUGCUGACAACAGUAAUGUCUACAUUAACAUAUCCAGUGUAAACAGAUCAGAGGAUCAGAAAUGGUGGACAUGUGCCAUUAUUAAUCAGAGAAAAGACAUGCUGCUGAAUGUCAUAACUGUGCCAACAUCACUCCAAUAUGAAAAUCCACCAACACAAGAUCAAGAUCUAGCACAAAAUGCAGUACAACUAAAAUGUAGUACAGGGUGUUCCUAUCCACAGGCAACAUUAACAUGGUAUUAUUCUGAGUCAGGAAAAGAUUCACAUCAGGCUUGGUCAUCAUCAGGAUCAGCUUCAGAUACUACAACAGGAUGUUCUGACUCUGAGAGAAAAUAUUCCUCCACUUUAUCUCUUCCAAGAUAUACAACAUUCCCUGGUAACAUACAGAAAACUGUCAAGUUUAAAUGUAGUAUUCAGUCAUUUACUGGAAUGUCACAACCACUGUAUGCAAGUUAUUCUACUGACAUUCAAUUUGCUGUUAAAGUAUCAAGUGCUACACUCAAAGAUGGAUCAAGUACAGUAUCUGGACAACUACAAGUUGUAAGUGGUGUAAGUAAAACACUAACAUGUGAUACAAGUGUAAGCAGACCAGCAGCUACAAUAGUCUGGUAUAUUGGAACAGAAUCGAAACAGACAUCUACAUCUAAAACCUUAACGUUCAACCCACAGAACAGUGAUCAUAGUGAACAGGUCUACUGUAAAGCCUUUAACACACAGCCUGAGAGUCACGCUGUUGCUUCAUAUAAAGCAUCGCUAAAUGUGCAAGUUCAAGUGUCAAGUGCUACACUCAAAGAUGGACCAAGUACAGUUUCUGGACAACUACAAGUUGUAAGUGGUGUAACUAAAACACUGACAUGUGAAACAAGUGUAAGCAGACCAGCAGCUACAAUAGUAUGGUAUAUUGGAACAGAGAAACAAAGAUCCACCUCUAACACCUUCACGUUCAACCCACAGAACAGUGAUCAUACCAAACAGGUCUAUUGUAAGGCCUUUAACACACAACCUGAGAGUCAAGCUGUUGUUUCUUAUAAAUCAUCAAUUUAUGUUAAAGUAUAUGCAACAACACCUACACUAACCAACAAGACAACUGGAAGUAUGAUAUUGCUAGAGACUGAUCCCAUUACUAUGGAAUGUAUAACAUCAGCAACAAGACCAGCUGCCACAGUAACAUGGUGGAAAGGUUCAUCUAGUCUAACAAAGAUACAAAACACAAACAUUAAUCAAGGAAAUCUUAUCUCGGUGAAAAGUGUUGUAUCAUUUACACCUGGAAAAGCUGAUGACAGAAAAGUUAUUUCAUGUCAGUCUGUUGUAUCAGGACAAGACAAUAGACCCAGUGCACAACAGACUAUAACAGUGUUUUGGCCUCCAGCUACUCCAUCUAUACCAACAUCAGAAUUUCCUUUCCUAGAAAAUCAGACAGGAAAAAGCAUUUACUGCUCUUCUCAAGAUUAUGGUAAUCCAGCAUCUACAGCAAGAUGGAAUAAACAAUAUGGCACACCUGACAACAGUGAUUCAAGAAAACUACAUUUGCCAACUAUGACGUCACAGAUGGAUGGUUCUUCUGUAUCUUGUCAGCUUGAUAAUUAUUUUACACUGGUCAAAGGAUCAACUAUAAAGUCUCCACCUGUAAAAUUAGAAGUGGAAUAUAAUCCAAUAACCCACACUAUGGUAGAUGGAAUAAUUACGAAGUCUGUGACAAGAAACGAGGGUCAGACAUUGUCAAUACUGUGUAAUGCCACAGGAAACCCAACACCAACAGUAAAAUGGAUUAGGCAAAGCGCAAGCAGUUCCAGUUUGACAUUUCAUGAUAUUGAUCGCAAUAAUCAUGGAAUAUAUACAUGUAGAGCUGAGGCAACCUCGGAAAAAUAUAGAAACCAUGAUUUUGUUACAGAGACAAUUAUAGAUGUAAUUGUUAAUCAUGCCCCAAACGUAUCUGUGCUUAUAAGCGAAGCAGAUCCUGUAGAAAACAAAAGUUUACAAAUAAGUUGUCAUGCUUCUGGACGACCAGCCAACUAUACAUUUACAUCGAUGGUGCAGACAUGGAGGAGAAUUAAGAUAUCAAAUACACAUUUACCAGGAAAUUUUAAUGGCGUGAUCAACAUUCAGAAACUUCAGCUUCAAGAUAGUGGAACAUAUAUAUGCCAUGUGAAUAAUGGUAUAACAGAUAGAAACCAGCAACUUGACCAGUUUGGAAAAACUGACGUUUCUGUCAAAGUUUGUCCUAAAGUCCUUCUAGAGGAUGGUUAUAAAUUUGCUGGAGCGUCAGGAAAGCCUGUAAAUUUAACUAUACCAUUCUUUAGUUAUCCAGGCAUAAAGGAAGUGAAUUUUCAAUUUCAAAAUGGAACAGUAAUCAGGAACUCUAAUAAGUAUACAAUAUCUUACACACGUAAAUAUGUGACAACGAAAUUCUAUGAUAAGACAGUGGAAUUGGAAGGAUAUGUUGCAAUACUCAGAAUAGAGAAAGAAGAACAAAAAGACUUUGUUAAUUACACCCUGGUGCUUAAAAAUGGCGUAGGAGAACAGACAAACUGGAAUAUACAUCAUAUAUCAGAAAGUAUGUUUUUUAUUCAUUGAAGGAAUAAAUAUGUU